CGGAAGCCCGUCGGCGCGGCCAGUCUCUGCGCCGUCAGGUGACCUCCAGCCCUGGCGGCUGCCACCCCCUGCACCGGCGAAGGAUGCACAAUGGCCCGCGGGGACCGUGAGGGGCCGCGGCCGUGGGCCCGCACCCACCGCUCUCGCGCCCGGCAGCCUACGGGCGGCCCCGCCGCGCUGGGUCCAGGUGUAGCACCCGCGCGCCCGUGCGCGGGUGUCCGGGCUUGAGCCCCGCCGCUCCCACAUGGGUCUGUGCUACAGCUUGCGGCCGCUGCUCUUCGGAGACCCGGAGGACUCCGCCUCGGAUGAGCCCGCGGACAGCGCGCGGGCCUCUCCGGCCCUGACCCUGGGAGCAGACGCGGCCCGGCUCCGGGCCCCUCGGGGCGCCGGCGGGAGCCCGGCACGCGCGCGGCCCAAAGCCGUCCCGGAGAAGGAGAGGCGGCGGCGGCCGGACCAGCUGCGCGCCGAGGAGCGCGAGGCCGAGCGCGAGGCGAGGAGGGUGAGCAGGGGCAUCGACCGCAUGCUCCGCGAGCAGAAGCGGGACCUGCAGCGCACGCACCGGCUGCUGCUGCUCGGGGCUGGUGAAUCUGGGAAAAGCACAAUCGUCAAACAGAUGAGGAUCCUGCAUGUCAAUGGAUUUAAUCCCGAGGAAAAGAAACAGAAAAUUCUGGACAUCCGGAAAAAUGUUAAAGAUGCUAUUGUGACAAUUGUUUCAGCGAUGAGUACUAUUAUACCUCCAGUUCCACUGGCCAACCCAGAAAACCAAUUUCGGUCCGACUAUAUCAAGAGUAUAGCCCCUAUCACUGACUUUGAAUAUUCCCAGGAAUUCUUUGAUCAUGUGAAGAAACUUUGGGAUGAUGAAGGUGUGAAGGCAUGCUUUGAGAGGUCAAACGAAUACCAGCUGAUUGACUGUGCACAAUACUUUCUGGAAAGAAUUGACAGCGUCAGCUUGGUGGACUACACACCCACAGACCAGGACCUUCUCAGAUGCAGAGUUCUGACAUCAGGGAUUUUUGAGACUCGAUUCCAAGUGGACAAAGUAAACUUUCAUAUGUUUGAUGUUGGUGGCCAGAGAGAUGAGAGAAGAAAAUGGAUCCAGUGCUUUAACGACGUCACUGCUAUCAUUUAUGUCGCGGCCUGCAGUAGCUACAACAUGGUGAUCCGGGAAGAUAACAACACCAACAGGCUGAGAGAGUCCCUGGACCUCUUUGAAAGCAUUUGGAACAACAGGUGGCUACGGACCAUUUCUAUCAUCCUGUUCUUAAACAAACAGGAUAUGCUGGCAGAAAAAGUCUUGGCAGGGAAAUCAAAAAUUGAAGACUAUUUCCCAGAGUAUGCAAAUUAUACUGUUCCCGAAGAUGCAACACCAGAUGCAGGAGAAGAUCCCAAAGUUACCAGAGCUAAAUUCUUUAUCCGGGAUCUGUUUUUGAGGAUCAGCACAGCAACAGGUGACGGCAAGCAUUACUGCUACCCUCACUUCACCUGCGCUGUGGACACGGAGAAUAUCCGCAGAGUGUUCAACGACUGCCGUGACAUCAUCCAGAGGAUGCACCUCAAACAGUACGAACUCUUGUGAGGAGGUAGCCGGCACCCUGUCUUGCUUACUGCCUGCCUGGCAGCCCCGCAGGGUACAGCAUUUAUUCCAGGACUGCCUGUCUGUUGGCCCUCAGCUGUGGUAGUGAGUAACGAACUCCCAGUUUCUUCCAGCUGCUGUCUGUCCUGUUUUGUGCCGACUCUGAGUGUAACCACCAAGCCUCUGGCUACCUCUCUUCCCCUCAGGUUUGGUCUGUAGCUUUUGUUUUCAAUGAAUGGGACCUUCCACAGCCUGCCUGCCCCCAGUAGGCUGUGUAACUGCAGACACUCUCCCUUGGGAGACACUGCAGUGAUGGCUCUGGGUGAGGGCCCCUUUCAUCCAUUCAUUCUGUGAUUUAUUGACUCAUCAAGAACUUGAUUGGCGGGAGAAACACACUUUUUCCCAAGUUACUAAGCAUGAUCAUAGAGGCAUACAUACAUAAAGCCACACCCUUUAUGAUUUUAGCUUUAUGAAGCUACAGACAAACAAGUGGCCACUCUUUCUCAUCCACCUUGGCCCAAGACUUAGGGAACACCCUAAGCCACACAGAGGAGAGAAACCCCAUUUCAGUCAUAUUUAGAGUCACUGUCAGCCUCAGGCAUUUGAAUCAGUGCUCCUUUGAGCCUUUUACAUUUAAGCAGAAACCUACCGCAUUCACUACUGCAAAGUAUGUCCUGUCUAGAAAUAAUUCUCUAGGCUUUCACAAUGCGUGGGUGAUAGUUCCUUUAAUAUAUUGUUUUUCUUAUUGUUUUAUUGCUGGUUUACACUGUACAGACCUCAAAAUGUAAUAUUAUUUUGUAUAACUACUAAAGAAAAAUCCUUGUAGAUCUUUGUGCCUUGAUUAUGGCUAUACCUGUAAAAGAAGUGUGUUUUUAUUGUGCUGAACAGCUAAAAGUCAAUGUUACCUGCUGCUUGCUCUGAAAAAGAAUGAAUGGUUAUCUGUAGAGUUUAGGAUAUUUUAUCAGGUUAUAUAUAAUACACAUCUUACAGGCAAAGCCCUAACCACAUCACAAGCUUCUUUCAGGGAACCAAGGACUUUCGUUCUCUCCAGACAAUGUUUCUCAAUUAUUUUGCUAAAGACUUUUACAAGUUCCCUAAGUGGGAAUAGGUCAACCAUUCCCUUAUCAAAGCUUUUGACCACUGGUUCCACUGUAAACAAAUAGCAGGAAAAAGAGUGUUAAAGUGUGUGUCUGGCCUAGGGGAGUCAAAGGGUAGCAUCUUCAUUUGCCUAUUGAAGAAGAAAUAUUACAAAACCUUUAUCUGAAAUACAAAGUCAAAAUAUUUGACUAUACUCACACUGGACAGAUUUGCAAACACAGCCUCAAAAGUAGGGUACAGAGCAAUAUCAAGAAAGCAAGAAUCACUGUAGUGGUAAUGCUUCAGAUUCUAUCUACAUCCACAGCUUUGAGGAGAGUUGCUUUAGAUCAAAGAUAACCUAUCUAUAAAGAUGUCUGAAAUUAUAUUUCAACAAUAUGAAUCCAGAAGUGACAGCUUAACCAACAUUACUCAUUAACUUCCAUUUAGUUCUUCUUUGUUUAAUAUUUUAAACUUUGCUCUUUAAAUCAGAAUUUUAUAAUCUUUUAUAAAUGCAUCCAGAUUUAACUACUUUUCGAUAAAAGAAUGACAACUUUAUAGACAGUCAAUGCAACAAACACAUAUUUUAUCUCAUUAUUUCUGAAUUUUCAUUAUUCAUCCUUAACUGUUUUGUAAAACUCUUCAUCUGAAAUAAGACCUAUAAAAUAGAAAUUAUUUUCAGUUUCCACUGUAUUUUCAAAGUAAAAUGUGAAGAAAAACUAAAAAGAUGCACCCCACACAUACAAAAAAUGAAGUUGUACUUUGUUAUAUGCAUUACUCAAUAAUUCGUUACUAAACUUCCUAUUUUAAAGUUUCAUUUAAGAGCCAGGCUCUUAGAAAAAACAAAAGGAAUACAUUUUAUCUGGCUUUAAACUAUCAAGACACAUUUAUUUUUAAAUACCAAAGCUACUUCCUAGUCCAUGUUUCCAGUUUCAUUUGAUCCCUGACAAGCAUUAAAUUCAGAUUUAACAACUUGGUCUGAUGGAGAGAAAAUUACAUGUAUCUAAAAAUCCAGUUCCAUUAAUUUAGCACAGAAGUACAAAAGUCUGUGAAAACAAUAUAUUCCUGCUUAUAGUAUCUGUACUUUUAUUUCAAGUGUAUAGCUUUAUAAUAUCUUUAUAAUAUAUAGGAAUUUGAGAGCCACUUCAAAGGGGCACAGAAGCAAGCCCAUGUUUGUGUACAUAUAAUCCCAAGUGUGUUCCAGGGCUGCCAGCCCUGUCAUGGGGAGGGAAGGGCUGGCAAGUGCAUGCAAGUGAUGACACUGGUAGCUUUUACAUAUUGUACAGAUAUCAUCUUUGAUUAUACAUAUAUUUGAUAAAAUGAGAAAACAGACUUGUAGAGUACAUGUUCCAUUUUUAUAGCAUGAGAACAAUACAAUCAACUAUUUAUUCUACAGUACUGUGCAUCAGUGAUUUAGAAUUUUUAGGAUGUGCACAAAGACAGCCACCUUUGGCCUCAUCUCAGAUGAGCACUGACUGGAGUUGUCUUUGAUAUUUUUUACUAAUUGCAAAAGGUCUCCUGCUCUUCACACUGUCUUAAAUUUUCUGAGCAGCUUCCAACCAGAAACAAAAGGUGAGGCUAGAAGCCCACAGUGAACUAAUAUGAGGACCACCAGGAAUGCAGCUGCUCCACAGUAUAUGAUCAGGACUGUGUUCUCGAAGGGGAGGUAGCACUUGACAAGAGCAUACUCUCUCGAUGUCAUGCUGCCCUGAAAAGGAAAAGAGAAUGCUAACACUGCAAUGACAGCUCCAGGCACAGUGCCAAACAAGCCCAAUUGAGAAAUAACAGAGGAAAGGCAGCCUUGGUUUCCUCAGGUAGGGCAGAGAAGUGGCUCCCCUCACCUGAAACUCGGGGGCACAGCCUUGUUUUGUAGACAUUUCUGCUAGGUGAGAUGACAGUGGAGGAAGGUUUUCAUUUACUUUAAAUUUGAAAACCUAAUGGUUUCCCCCUCUUUUUAUGAAAUAAAAGAACCUGACAUAGAAGCAUUAUGAACUGGAUGUGAGAGCCCAUGGGUAAAUGAAAAGAGCUGAAACAUUAGGCGGUCACUAACUGAAACACCAUCUUUAAUCAGCCUAUACAAGCAUGUAGCAUUUUCCUGCCAGAGCAUAUUGGCAUGUGAGAAAAUCAGACAAGAUGACUGAGUACAGGUGCUGAAGAGAUGAUCCAGUUUCCUUAGAAAAUUGAACAUACACAGCCUCACAUUAGAGGGCGCCACUGGCCUGAAGGAUAAAGCCCUCUGUAAGAUGCUCCCCCGCCCCUCCAGGAAUAAUGCUGAGUUUAUUCGUCCCCAGAGAGAUGCGGGGACGGGGGGCAGCCUAUCAAACUGUUCAUGUGGAGUGGGGGAAGUUUAUUUAUGGCUUUUGUCUAUUUUUACAUAUUGCAGCAAUUAAAUAGUUGAUUACUAUGUUGACUUAAGUACUUAUGAAAGCUUUCAGAUGAAAAUAAACAUUCACAAUACCAUGA